CAGCAACGUCGACAUGUGGUGAAAACGGCGGUCUUAAUCGAAAUUGUAAAUUGCUUUCCAUUUUGCCAGUCCUAAUCCUAAAGUGGAUUUGCGCUUUUAAAAGAAUGCUUUCCUUGUCGCGUGGGUGGUGUUCGGUGAUGAUUGUGUAGUCUUUAUUUUUGCAGCUAUUAAUAGCGCGUCCGAUUUAUGAGACGGGGAUUAGUGGGGAUGAGGGGGUUUUCCGAUACUCCAUCUCUUCACUUUUGUCUUUGCGCUAAAGACCAAAGCGUUGUAUCUAGCUCGUGUAGGUCGAGUACAUUUGUGUUGCCAUGUUACAGUGAAUCGUAAGGGUGCAAGUGUCGGCGAGUGCUCUACAAGUGUGAGAUGUGUAUUUUCGGUGUGAACGCAACGAAGAUCGGGGUGAUUGCUUGUUUUGAAGAAUCAUAUUAGUAAGUUUCUUAAACUGGCCAUUUGUGCAUUUACUGGUGCGAUCGGUGCACACUGGUACCAACACGGUGGCGAUCAAUACUAUAAGUUCUGUACAUCCCCCAUGAAUUCAAUAAAAAGCGCUGUAUCUUUAUACGCAAAAUACCACGAAAUCCGACGCAUUUUUGACAAGCAUGCAAACUAUUUGCAAUUGCAGUCAACUGGAUUUUCUUCCAUGAUCUUUCUAGUGUUUGUUCAACGUGUAGAAAAUCGACUGGGCAUUUAAACGGAAUUCGCUUAAGGGCAAAACGUGUUUGAUGCACAUUUUUUGUAUUGUAAUUGCGCGUAUAGCCUACAGUGUGAUUAUCAAUGAACAAAGAAUUCGGUAGACGAAAAGUCUUCACAUAUUUGAACGACGUGGUUGCACCCUAAACCGAAAAGAAAAAAAAUCUCGCCUACUGUACAGAAAUGGGUGGUUUUUAGAUAGGGAAUGAAGAGUAAAAAUGAGACGGAAGAGCGUGGAGACUGUGGAGGAGUUCCUAGCUGAAGCACAGCCCAGUGCGAUCUUUCAGAAUCUCGGAAAAAACACAGCAGGUGGGAAGCCCCCGUGUGGAGCUGACUCUGCUGGAGCUGCAGGAGAUGGCGUCCCGCCAGCAGCAGCAGAUCGAGGCGCAGCAGCAGAUGCUCGUCGCCAAAGAGCAGCGGCUGCGCUACCUGAAGCAGCAGGAGAGGAGGCAGCAGCAGACGGAGACGGAGAGCGAGAAGCUGCAGAGGCUGAAGGAGCGCGUGGAGAGCCAGGAGGCCAAGCUGAAGAAGAUCCGCGCCAUGCGGGGCCAGGCCGACUACAGCAAGGUCACCAACGGCAACCUGUCAGCGGAGAUGGAGCACAUCAACGGCGUGUUCCAGGAGAAGCAGCAGGAGCUGCAGGUGGCCGUGCUCAAGGUGGACCAGCUGACCCAGCAGCUGGACGACCUGCGCCGGGGCAAACUCACGCUGGGCGGGCAGGUGACCGGCACGGCUGCCCUGGAGCUGCGCAAACUCUACCAGGAGCUGCAGAUUCGCAACAAGCUGAACCAGGACCAGAACAGCAAGCUGCAGCAGCACAAGGAGCUGCUGAACAGGCGCAAUACGGAGGUCACGCUGAUGGACCGGCGCAUCGCCGAGCUGCGGGAGCGGCUCCACAAGAAAAAGGCAGAGCUGAACAGGAUCAACGGCCCCCCCUCCCCCCAGCCGGCCGCGGGCGGUUCGGGGCGCGUGGCAGCCGUGGGACCCUACAUCCAGGUGCCCGUGCCCACCCGCCAGGACAUGCCCCCCGAGCCGCUGAAACCGCAGUCCCUCAGCGUGCCCCCUCCCAUCGGCCACGCCCACUCCAAAACAGAGACGGAGGGGCGUGGCCUGAGAAAGCCCCCCGCCACCUGGAAGGUGUCAGAUUUAGACGUCGUAGUGGACCCCCUGUUGCCUUCCUCUCCCGGGGCGCCCUCCGGGUCCGACGGAGUGUCCUGUGAGCCUGCAGCCAACGAAAGCGAUUGGCCCGUUCUAAGCAACGGUCCCCCACCGCUCAAGCCCCCCGACAGGAAGGAGACGAACGCGGACGGGCCCGGCAAGACGGGCCCCCCGGUCCCCACGGCGACUCCGCCCGACAAGGGCCCGGACUCCGCAGGGCCUAGGCCCGUGGGGCCGACGCCCCCCUCCCAGAAGCCUCCGCCCCCGCCCUACGGCACGUACCCCUGCACGGGCGCCCCGCCGCCCCCGCCGCCCGGCUCCGGCAGCCCCCUGGAGCGCCGCCGGGACAGCCUGCCCCGCCCCGGCCCGGCGUCGGCCAACCCGGCGUGGCAGAGGGCCCCGCCCCCCACCGGCUCCUCCUCCCAGCAGAUCCAGCAGCGCAUCACCGUCCCGCCCAGCCCCACCUUCCAGCCCCCGUCCCCCCUCUUCCCCCCCGCCGGGGAGAGGCAGGACCCCCUGCUGGCGGCCGCCGUGCGCCCCUUCGUCCCCGACAAGGGCUCCCGGCCGCAGUCGCCCCGGAAGGGCCCGCCCACCGUCAACUCCAGCUCCAUCUACCACAUGUACCUGCAGCAGGCCGCGCACAAGGCCCACCCCCUCAACAGCAAGCUGGCGCUCAAAGCGGUCUACGGGAAGCCGGUCCUGCCCUCCGCUUCCUCCACGCCCUCCCCCUUGCCCUUCCUGCAGGGGGCGCCGGGCGCGGGGGUCCCGGGAGGCGGGGAGGAAGGGGCCGAGAGGGGGGAGGGGGACGCGGAGGGCCAGGCGCCGGGGCCCGGGGAGGCCCCCCCCCCCCACCCCGGCGUGGAAAACAUCCCGCGGCCGCUGAGCCCCACCAAGCUGACGCCGGUGGCGCACUCGCCGCUGCGCUACCAGAGCGACGCCGACCUGGAGGCGCUGCGGCGCAAGCUGGCCAACGCGCCGCGCCCGCUCAAGAAGCGCAGCUCCAUCACCGAGCCCGAGGGCCCCGGGGGCCCCAACAUCCAGAAGCUGCUGUACCAGCGCUUCAACACGCUGGCCGGGGGCAUGGAGGGCGCCGGGGGCACGCCCUUCUACCAGCCCGCCAACCCCCCCGAGUACCCGGGCGCCGCCGCCGCCGCCCCCACCGACGUGGAGAACGGGAACGCCGCCAACGGGAACCCCCCCGACUUCUUCCCCCCCCCCACGCCCGCCGCGGACCCGGCGGGCUCCGCCCCCCCGCCGCCUGGCGGCUCCUCCCCCCGGUCCUCGGACGGCAACGACAACCGGGUCCUGCCCCCGCCCCCGCCCCCUCCGGAGCAGACCUCCGGCCCCUCCCUCCUGCCUCGGGACUCCGUCGAGGACAGCAACAAUAACCCCGCCCUCGCCGCCGUCGCCUCCGACACGCUGCCCAGCCCCAUCCCCGAGGAGGAGGGGACUCCGCCCCUUGCCACGCCCUCCUCCCAGCACCUUAAGCGCAGUAACCUGAAGAAGCCGGACUCUGAGCGCACGGGCCACGGCCUCAGGGUCAAGUUCAACCCGCUGGCCCUGCUGCUGGAUGCCUCGCUGGAAGGGGAGUUCGAUCUGGUCCAGAGGAUCAUCUACGAGGUGGACAACCCCAGCAUGCCAAACGACGAGGGCAUCACGCCCCUGCACAACUCCGUCUGCGCCGGCCACCACCACAUCGUCAAGUUCCUACUGGACUUCGGGGUCAACGUCAACGCCGCGGACAGCGACGGCUGGACCCCGCUGCACUGCGCCGCCUCCUGCAACAGCGUGCACCUCUGCAAGCUGCUGGUGGAGUCCGGGGCCGCCAUCUUCGGCACCACCAUCAGCGACGUGGAGACCGCCGCCGACAAGUGCGAGGAGAUGGAGGAGGGCUACGUCCAGUGCUCCCAGUUCCUCCGCGGCGUGCAGGAGAAGAUGGGCGUGAUGAACAAGGGGGCGGUGUACGCGCUGUGGGACUACGAGGCCCAGGGCGCGGACGAGCUCUCCUUCCAGGAGGGCGACGCCGUCACCGUGCUGAGCCGCAAGGACGACAGCGAGACCGACUGGUGGUGGGCCCGGCUCAGCGACAAGGAGGGCUACGUCCCCCGAAACCUGCUGGGGCUGUACCCCAGGAUCAAGCCGCGCCAGCGCUCACUAGCGUAAACCCCCUUGCCCCCCCCCCCCCCCCCCUUCCCGGUUGAAAUUUUGGACCGUGGCACUACCGUUCCUACCUGUGCCGCUGUUUCUUGCGGGAGAUCUUCCCCGGGACCUCAGGGAGGGCGCUCUCCGAAACGGCAGCCCAUCUGAGACGCGUGCAGGACAGGACGGGAGCGGAGCUGCCUCUUUGCUUCAGGACACAACGCACAACCAGACCUGAAAAAGAAAAAAAAAAACAGACCUGACUAAACGCUCCGGUCUCCUUGGCGACAGAACAAAGUGCUUUUUUCAAUGGCGGUUAUGGGUUUUUCCUUUCACUUCGACGUCUUCGAACCAGGCUGAGAGAAAACGGCUGUUGCCAGGGACGACCGCUCGACCCCCGUCGCGGGGGAGACCCUCUGAGGCGCGCGGACCUGGGGGAGGGGCUUCGGAGGCCGGGCGUGGCCGGGGGGGGGGGGGGGGGGGGGGGGCGGCCAGGAGGAGCGCGAACAUGAGAAGCAUGGGUGGGGUGUGGCGGUUUUUAUUUAUUUUUCGGGUAGCUCUGUACCCCGGGGGUGGCAGGAUGUGGCUAAUCUAUCAGAUUGCAGCACAGCGACUGAUUUUUCCCACCGCUUCAUGUGCAGCAUUUCAGGAAUGCUUCUUCAAUCAAAACUGGCUUUUGUUAGAGGUUUCCUAUCAAAGCCGGUGUGCAGAUGUCCAAAUGUUGUAUAUUAGCACACUCUGGAUUUGUUUUCCCUAUUGCAUUACAUCCAGUUUCCCCCCCCCCCCCCCCCCCCCCUCAUGUUUUUAGUCUUGUGAAUGAUUACCUCUCCAGCAACGCUUUACAAAAGAGCUGAGCCGCAAAAAAAUAAACUGUAAAUCCCGUGGUGAUGGCGAGAUUGUUGUCUGCUGUAGGAAGCAAAAGAGGGCUUGUGUGUUCUGUACAGUGUAAAGAUGUGGGCCUUUUGUGAUCUGAUCUGUAAAUGUACACAGUAAAAUGAUUCCCCCCAGCAUGAGGUAAAGUGGAAUCUCCUUUUGUCGAGUGUGAAUGUUUAUGCGUUUGUGGUCUGUGUGUGUGUGUGUGUGAGUUUGGCCUUUAUUUUCUAAUGCCUGUAGCUUGUUUUGUCUUGGAAAAGGAAAAUGGUUGCACAGCCUGGCAGGUACCGUGCAUGUGCAGUGCUGACAUAACAUUACCGGUUGCUCUUGACCUUUUGUUUGGUCACCGAAUUUUAACUGUCCAUUUUUAGGUUUUACAACUUACAGAUGACAGGUAGUUAGGAUUGUGAUUUCUGUUUUAAAUAUUUGGGACAUACAGGCCUAAUGUAUUUUUGAAUGUUUUUUUGCACAUGGUGCAGGAAAAAAAGUGAUUUUCCUCAGUGCAAGUGUACAAAAUGUGUGACUGAUUUGGUGGCUCAGGGCAAUGAAUAAAAUACUAUACUGAACCACCCA